GGAAGUAAAAUUAUGCUUUUUAGAUUAUUCAGUAUGCACAUAAUAACGCCAUUCUGACCGCAGGCUCCUAAUCCAUGUCUAUGUGACCGGAAUACGCCGUCUGAAAGCGGUGGCAGCCGCCGUAGUGGCCGUGCAAUUAGGUUUUCUUUCCAAAUGAACUUCCUACUUUCUAACAGAUCCAUUUGUUUUUCCUGUCUUCAUUUCCCAGCUCCCAGUAAUUUAUUUCACCGACAAAGCCCGAAUCUCCUAAUCUGUAAUCCGAAGAGAUCGCUUCUGAGAACUUCCAUAUUCUGCUCCAGCGGAGAUUGCAAUCUGACGAACUCCGCAAGAUACGGCGGAUGGGACGAUAAUGGUUUUGUAAGUGAUUCAGAUCAGUUCCGUAAUUUUUUGGUUUCUGUUGGCAUCGAUCAUAAAAGACAUUUGUUCACGUUUGUCGUCGGGUUUUUAUGUGCUUUGGCCAUUUCCAGAGUUAAAGUCUCUUCAAUUGCUGUUUUUCCAGCAUCUGUUUUUGUUUUUGCUGUUGGAUUUUCUCUUGGAUUUGUUCGUGGUGGAAGUGUAGAUGACCUAAAUUUACUUGGGAAUAAAAACCGUGGGAAAGAGGAAAUUUCUGGGUUUCACGCUGAGAGUUUAAGAAAUUUGGUGGAGAUUUUUGAUCGGUUUGCUGUCAAACUUGAUAAUUUGAAAUGUAGUAUACAGAAUGCUAUUGAUUCUAGGGAAAUUACACUUAGUGAUUUAGAAAGCUACGUUAAGGUUUUAGAAUCGAAUGAUUUUUCAACCUCCAAUGCUAUGAAGGCUGUUGAGGCCUUGAUUAAUGAUGGGGGCAGCUCCAAAGCUGUUGUUCUUGAGAAUCAUAAACCAAGUAGAAAAGUUAAAGGCCCAGGAGAUGUGGGAUUUGAGCUUUUGCGAUCCUUCGGCAGUUUGCUAGGAGAAAAGUUGGUUGGUUCUAAGCCCAACAAAGUGAAAAACAAUGUUAAGCCACAGAUGCCUCCGCUCAAUUCGGUUGGCAAUCAAACUAAAAGGAGCUCAAUACCAUCUGAAGUUGGUUCGAUAGAUACCGCUACUGGUUCUAAUCCAGCUAUAAGUUUAGAUGCUUUUGAGGUAUCGAGGAAAAAGCAUGCUAUGGAGAUGGAUUAUUUUACACAAGUUAACAUUACUCGAGAAAGGGAUAGCAUAAAUUCAAAGGGAAUGCAUGGGAGUUCAAAAAGAUUUAUUGAUGGUGAAGACUAUGUCUACAAGAAUAAUAGAUUGCAGUACCGGGAUGAUUACCUUAAUAUUUCUAACACGGAUCUUAACAACAAACUCGAAAAUUCACAACUUCAUGAUAAUUUUCUUAAUGCUGGGGACUAUAGUUUCAAAAUGAAGCAUAGGGAGACUAAAACUUCCUUUGUAGAAGAGCGUGGAUUCGAGGAAAAUACUGGAGCUUAUAGGUCCUCUCACAUGUCGAAGAGCGAGAGUGAAAUAUAUAGAUCCCAGUUUAGAGAAGCGGGAGCAAGGAAAAAGGAAAAUUCUCAUUUAACUGAUCAACCAUUUGGAGAAGAGAACGAUGUUGCUGCCUCAUCAUCUUCAUUGAUUUAUGAUGAUGCAAUGUUCAAUAAAUGCCUUAUGGAAGCUAAUGAUCUUUUAAAACAAGCUAAGGAUUUGAUGAAGUAUAGACGCGAUGAAGAGCAUGUGGAGGUCAUAUUAUGUCAGUCUGCUAGUUUGUUGGCAAAGGCAACAACUAUGAAGCCCAUGAGUUUGCUGGCAGUUGGCCAGUUGGGAAAUACUUAUCUUCUCCAUGGAGAAUUAAAGUUAAGAAUUAGUCGCGAGUUAAGAAGACUUCUAGCAGGAAAAGAGCCCGAAUCUAUUGGGAAAUGGUUUGAAAUGGUGGAGGGACUAGAUGAUGAUUCAAUUACUAGAAGAGAUAAACUAACAUCCAUUCUCGUUAGUGUGUGUGAAGAGUGUGAAGAACUUCUUGUGAUGGCAGGUAGAAAGUAUAGAAUGGCAUUAUCGAUCGACCGGAAUGACGUGCGAGCACUAUAUAACUGGGGUCUUGCCCUUUCCUUUCGUGCACAAUUGAUUGCAGACGUUGGACCGGAAUCAGCUUUUGAUGCUGAUAAGGUCUUUUUAGCUGCCAUUGAUAAAUUUGAUGCAAUGAUGUCAAGAGGCAAUGUUUAUGCACCCGACGCUCUGUUCAGAUGGGCUAUGACGUUGCAGCAACGAUCUCGGUUAAGGCCUAACAAUAGCAAAGAGAAGGCAAAGUUGCUGUUGCAGGCGAGACGGCUCUAUGAGGACUCAUUGAGCAUGAACUCCGACAAUGUUCAAGUAAGAGAAGCCUUAAUGUCCUGUAUAUCUGAGCUUCAAUUCGGGCAGUAUUAGCAAUUUUGUUAGAAUUUUGAUUGGUGGUCGUAGCUGUUCAUUUAUGCUAUUAAACGAGUCGUGUCGUUACUACAACAGCUCGUUGCAUUGAUACCCAUCUGAAAAAGAAAAUCAAUAUAGAAGACAGUAAUAAUAAUAGAAGCCACUGCUUGAAAUGUUGCGGAGGCAAUACCAAUACAUGAGAUGAACUUCCAUUUCUA